AUGAACGCUCUCAGUGCAACACUUGUGCUCUGCCUUGCGGUCGCCGCUUACGGCUUCCCCGGAGAUGUGGACACCCAGAUUGUCGGUGGCAAGGAUGCCGCAGUUGGUCAAUUCCCUUAUCAAGUGUCUCUGAGGCAAAAUGGACGUCACUUCUGUGGUGGAUCUAUCAUUAACAACCGUUACAUCCUCACUGCAGCUCAUUGUGUCGAAGGAAGCAGCCCCAGCAAAAUUACCGUACACGCUGGAACCACCAAAGUGGACCAGCCCGGAGAUUCCUACGCAGCAGAGAAGAUCGUUGCUCACCGCGACUAUAGCUCGAUCAGUCUCGUCAAUGACGUGGCUUUGAUUCGCGUAAAUAAAAACAUCGCGUUCACCAAUUUGGUUAAACCAAUCGAAUUGGCUUCGGGCAGCAAAACCUACGAAGGAUCUGCAUGCAUUCUGUCUGGUUGGGGUACCACCAGAGUCAACGGAAACGUACCAACCAAUCUACAAUGGAUUAACUUGGUUAUCGAAACCAAUGCUAAGUGCAAAAAGUCCCAUUGGAGAGUGCAAGCCUCCCACAUUUGCUCGUUCACGAAAACCGGUGAAGGUGCAUGCCACGGUGACUCUGGCGGUCCCCUCGUUGUUGAUGGAACUCAAGUCGGUAUCGUCUCCUUCGGACAACCCUGUGCUGUCGGCAAACCUGACGUGUACACCAGAGUAUCAUCUUUCAAUGACUGGAUCAAGAAUCAACAAAACUACAUGAACCAGGAUCUCCAAGAACCACCAGCGGACGGUGUCUACAUUCUUUAAAUCGACCGGUAAAAUAUUUCUCUACCAACUACCAACUUUCUGUAUUAAU